GUACCACCGGACGUUCCUUCAGCCCAUGUCGGCUCGAGCAGAGAUGUGGAAAAAUUAGCAAGUACGCUCAAUCAAAUUUAACCGAACUGGUUUUAGAGAGCCACUUUUUCCACAGUGAGUGAGUGAAUUUCUUGUUCUUGACCAGGACAAUGGCCCUGCGAGCGUGUGGCUUCAUAGUAUUCCGCCGCCUGGCCGCAUCCAUUCCUCCCCCAGACAACAUCGAGUACCUCCUCCUGCAGACCUCUUAUGGGGCGCACCACUGGACCCCACCAAAAGGCCACGUGGAUCCAGGUGAGGAUGACCUUGCCACAGCCCUGAGAGAAACCAAGGAGGAGGCAGGGCUUGGCGCGGAGCACCUGCGGGUUAUUGACGGCUUUGUCCAGGAGCUGCAGUACGAGGUGCAAGGGAGACCCAAAGAGGUGCUGUACUGGCUGGCUGAGUUGAGAGACCCAAGGACAGCAGUGACCUUGUCUGAGGAGCAUCAGGACUAUCGCUGGGCCCGGCUUGAAGAGGCCUGUUCCUUGGCCCAGUACAGUGACUUGCAGAACACCUUAAGAGCAGCACAGAGAUACGUAACGACUCAGCAUGACAAACAGUGAAUUUAACCCAAAACCACCAAACGGGAUUUUAUUUUCUAAAGACCGUAUCUGAUUUUGCUAAAGCUUCUGGUGUGACGGCACUUCUGUAAUUUUUGCGAUUGAUGUUUUCUGACUCAUUCUGCAUUGAUAUCCUUAUUGAGCAUACUGUGCAAUGCUAUGGAAGAUGGAGCAAGUGCAUGUACCGCUCAGAAUUCCUUUUGUGAAAAAUUAAGAAAGGUGAAAGAAAAUUAAGCUGUGAUUCCAACAAUUGAUCAAUUGAUCUGUCAUUGCCUGGGAAAAAAAUGGUGUCUGCAUCGCUGAGUCUUCCAUGUCAGCUGAUUAAACAUGGAAUAGUCUAGAGGAAUUAAUAUGUAAAACAUUAUAUAUAUAUAUAUAUAUAUAUAUAUAUAUAUAUGUGUGUGUGUGUGUGUGUGUCGGCAAGGAAAAGUAAGUGGGGAAGAAAAAAACGAGCUGUAUUGUAAGGCCAGGAUUUCAUCAGAGGGAAACAAUGUUUGCAUCCCUUAUUUCCAGUCAAUUAUCUCAAGGUUGGACUCAAAACGGACCUGAUUUUUAUGUUCAAUGUCUAAUCCACGUAAAGUAUGAUUCAAAGUGAGUUGAAAUAAAUUUACUUUGAGAAGGGACAUUCAAUUUCUUUCACCUCCUAAAGUAACCUUUGCUCCACGAGCAGAUUUCUAACACUUUGAACCAAAUAAGAAGAGUCGGAGGCUGAUAUUUCUUACU